AAAUCAAAAUGCAUUGGUUUGUGUGACURUGAAUCCGUUGUAACAACAAAAGAGCCAGCAGAAUAACACGCGUUAAACAACGAAACCACGAUACUUCUUACAGUUAUGGACCUAAAACGAGAGUUCUGUUCUUGCCAUGUUUGCUAAGGCAAGAGAAGCCCCUUCUGUCGUCUCCACAAGAGUUUUACGAACUCAUAGACUCAAUGAAGUCGAAAACUUUCGUCUCCAUGGAAAAAUACAGACAAUUGAUAACGAAAUUCAAAGUAAYUACUCCCAAAUAUCAGACGAAAUCGAUGGUGUUCGGAAGAACUUAAAUCGUAUCAAGAAAAUUAAGAAUAAUCUAAGUGUAAGUGUUGAAAGAAGGAAGCUACUUCGUGAAAGAGGCGUCUUUGUCAUCCCUUCUCCUGGACUUGACGAAGACGAAGGAGUUACUUUACGUAGAGCUGAUGGAAAGAAGGUYGUCAUACGUGGAAAGGAAUGCUACGAUGGCGAAGUAAUUCGACGAUGUAUAGAUAUUAAUUUUGACUUUUCAAAACAAUCAAAUACAGAUACAAACCAGGACGACAAUGAUGAAGAAGACAGCGACCAAGUCAACUUYGAUGAUCAACUUCAGGACAAGAGAAGAGUWUUUCAUUAUCGAAUUAUUGUCCCCCCUCUGCAUCCAGGUAGUCGGAGAAACUUUAAAGAUUACGAAGAAGAAGAACAAGAUGUAGCUUUCGACUUAGAACUUCCUCCAUCGGACGAUUAUAUGAAUAGUUUAAGAAGUUCRCCUUUCCGUAUAAAGACACCAACUUCRCAUACUCGACGGGACAGCAAACAAAGCCGUCGAAAGAUUAAGAGGCUGAACGACGUCAAUAAAGAGAGCAAAAGUGUAGCAAUCGAGACWCCUCAACAAGACGAAAAUACUGACGAAUCUCUUGCAGUUGUGAUGGAAAGUUUGUCAACUAACACUUCGCCGCAAAGAGAGAAUGGUGAAAACUCUAGCAAACAUUUGCGCCCAAAAACAGCAGAGGAGGCGAUUCCAAGUCGUUUAAAUUCACGAAGAUUUUCGUCUGGAUCUGUUAAAUCCCGUCYUWGUUUAUCUAGUAAUCAAAGUACAGAUAUCAGAACUAGUUUAAAGACAGAUGAGACAAACACAGAGGAACUACACUCACCCUCUGGUGUUCAAUCUAAAGUAACAAAUGAAGGUUUGAYACCAAAACCUGAACAUAAAUUACUKGACAGAAGACCUUCAGACGAAAAUGUUAAAAUACACAUAACUAAACCAAUUCCAGACACAAAAGAAGAGAAACCGAGUAAAAAGGAACAAGAAGAGGGUGUUAAUCAAGAAGUUGAGGACUCAAAGGAUGAUGAAAAUGAUGAAUUUCUAUUAACAGAUGACAUCAGUUGGACUGAACAGAUCGGAAGAACUACCCUUCUUUCAAACAAUGACACCAUCCGCCAUAGAAAACAUUCAAUACGAAAAAGCCAUUCGCGAAGUUUUACGGCUAAUUUAAAAACAAUUGAAGACGGUCAAAGUGUGAUGAGUUAUUCCUCAAAGUUUUCCUCAAGAGGACGAACGGAAUCUUUCAAUUCAAAUGCAAACAGCACAAUUGCGGCAAAAGGACGUCGAAAAUCGGCUGUUACAUUUUCAGAUUCGGAGCGCAAACAUCGCCUACUGAAUGAUGAAAUUAUAUACGACGCGCGACCUGAUAAAGCGCUAAGCAAGGGAUACAGCACCAUGCAAAUGACGAUCAGAGGAAAACAAGUACGCAUAUGUGUGCCUAAGUUUUCUAAAGACGAUGUGAUUGACAGAGCACGAGCAAAAACUGCUGCCCAGAUGGCUGAUGACAGGACGAGGGGAAAUAACAGCCCGACAAAACUUCAAAAACUAAUCAAACAACAUUGAUAUGGAGCUUGCGACACGUUGUCAAAUGUGCAGUCUUUGUUCUACUUACAAGUUUUUUUGGAAGGCAAACUGACSAGCUUGGAAUUUCAAACAAUUCCGAAUUGAAAAUGAUGAAAUUGCAAAACCAUAGUGUCCGAUGAAAAAAUAUUGUUUGAAGUGGAUAACCAAAUCCUAUACUGUAAUAAAUUUAUCAUUUUUUUAUCAAAUUAUUUAUUUAUUUCAAAACAACAUCAUUUUUUUUUUCAUUUUUUUAUGAAAUCAUUUUAUGGUGUAAAUUAAUGCGCAAGGUAGUGAUAUAUGUCGGAGAGGGCGGUAACAUGCAUGUUAAAUUAAUGUGGCUACAAACAGUCGCUGAAAAAUAWUUGAUGCCCCUUAGCCAAUCAAAAGCGAGAACAAAACUGGAAUACAAAUCAAAAGAUUAAUAUUCUAUAAGYUAUAAAUCAAAUAGACCAAUAAAUUUUGCCCAAAGAUACUAAAUACUUUGUUAUCAUUGCCGUGUAAAUAGUCUGUCUAAUCUGAAUAUCUUAAUUUAUCCGAUACACUUUGUGUCAAAUAUUUUCAAGAUUAAGAGAUUAACAACAAAUAAAGGAAAGCUCUU